GCUGGCCCACCCACCACCAACUCUACCCUUCAUACGCCCAUCACGUUCUCACUAAGCGCCCCCUCCUGGAGCUGGCUAUAUGAGUGCCACGCCCCGCAUGCCCUCGUCAGUCGUGUUUUAGUGGGUGUUCGGGAGCGGUGUCGUGUGCCCUAAGCGGAAGGUUCCAGGGCUGUUCUGCCGUACUGUGUGUCUGACCUAACUUCGACUGCCUUCAAACACCAACUUUCACCAUGCCUGGCCACGUCGUCUUGAAGAGUACUGGACCCGACCCCGACCCCACUGAGUACUUGUACGUCUCACUAGAGCAGAAGCGCAUCGAUCAGACCAAACCUUACGAUGCCAAGAAGGCUUGCUGGGUACCAUGUGAGAAGGAUGGCUUCGUCCUCGGCGAAAUUCAAGGCACUAAGGGUGACCUCGUUACUGUCAACUUACCCGGAGGAGAAACCAAGAACUUCAAGAAGGACCUCGUCAACCAGGUCAACCCUCCCAAGUUCGAAAAGUGCGAGGACAUGUCCAACUUGACCUACCUCAACGAUGUCGUCUUAUACAACCUCAAGUGUCGCUACGUCACCAAGCUUAUCUACACCUACUCUGGCCUCUUCUGCGUAGCCAUCAACCCCUACAAACGGUACCCCAUCUACACCAACCGCGUGGUCAAGAUCUACCAGGGCAAGAGGAGGAAUGAGGUGCCACCACACAUUUUCUCCAUUGCUGACGGCGCCUACAUGGAUAUGUUGCAGAACGGCGAGAACCAGUCCAUGUUGAUCACUGGUGAGUCUGGUGCUGGCAAGACUGAGAACACAAAGAAGGUUAUUGCCUACUUCGCCAAUGUCGGCGCUUCCACCAAGAAGAAGCCAGAAGAGAAGAAGCAGAACCUGGAAGAUCAGAUCGUUCAGACCAACCCAGUACUGGAGGCAUUCGGUAACGCCAAGACUGUCCGUAAUGACAACUCCUCCCGCUUUGGUAAGUUCAUCCGAAUCCACUUCAACCCAUCUGGCAAGCUGUCCGGUGCUGAUAUCGAGACCUACUUGCUGGAGAAGGCCCGCGUCAUCUCCCAACAACCCCUUGAGCGAUCAUACCACAUGUUCUACCAGAUUAUGUCUGACCAGGUCAAAACCAUGAAAGCACUGUGCUACUUGUCUAACGACAUCCACGACUAUCACUUCGUCUCACAAGGCAAGGUCACUGUGGCCUCCAUUGAUGACAAAGAGGACAUGCAGUUCACUGAUGAUGCCUUCGAUGUGCUCGGCUUCUCCAAGGAAGAAAAGGAAAACGUGUACAAGGUCGUCGCUUCUGUGAUGCACUUCGGUGAGCUGAAGUUCAAACAGAGGGGUCGCGAGGAGCAGGCUGAACCUGAUGGCACAGCUGAAGGUGAUCUCGUUGGCAAGUUAAUGGGCGUGGACGGUGCUGAUCUGUACAAGAACCUGACCAAACCCAAGAUCAAGGUCGGUAACGAGUUCGUGACCCAGGGCAGGAACAAGGAUCAGGUGAACUACUCGGUGGGCGCUCUUGCUAAGGGCAUCUACGAUCGCACCUUCAAGUGGUUGGUGAAAAAAUGUAACGUCACCCUAGAGACCGGGCAGAAGCGAGUUAUGUUCAUCGGUGUCCUCGACAUUGCCGGCUUCGAGAUCUUCGAUUUCAAUGGCUUCGAGCAGUUAUGCAUCAAUUUCACCAACGAGAAACUGCAACAGUUCUUCAACCAUCACAUGUUUGUCCUCGAGCAAGAAGAAUACAAGCGAGAGGGCAUUAACUGGGUUUUCAUUGACUUUGGUCUGGACCUCCAGGCCUGCAUUGAACUUAUUGAGAAGCCUCUAGGCAUCCUCUCCAUCCUUGAAGAGGAGUCUAUGUUCCCUAAGGCUACUGACAAAUCCUUCGAGGAGAAGCUGAAAACGAACCAUCUUGGGAAAUCUCCUAACUUCAUCAAGCCCAAACCUCCCAAGCCAGGUCAAAUCGAGUCCCACUUUGCCAUCGUUCACUACGCCGGUACCGUGCCAUACAAUCUUACUGGAUGGCUUGAGAAGAACAAGGAUCCCCUCAACGACACCGUCGUCGACCAGCUCAAGAAGGCCAGCAACUCUCUGGCUGUUGAGAUCUUCUUCGACCACCCCGGCCAGUCUGGUGGCGCCGACACUGGUGGCAAGGGAGGGAAACGCGCCAAGGGCUCUGGCUUCCAGACGGUGUCCGGCAUGUACAAGGAGCAACUCAACAACUUGAUGACCACCCUCAGAAGCACAGCCCCGCAUUUCAUCCGUUGUAUCAUCCCUAAUGAAGUAAAGGCGUCUGGUGUGAUCGACGCCGCUCUGGUAAUGCAUCAGUUGACCUGUAAUGGUGUGCUUGAAGGCAUCCGUAUCUGUCGUAAGGGCUUCCCUAACAGGAUGGUUUAUCCUGACUUCAAGCACCGCUACAAGAUCUUGGCCCCCAAGGCCAUGAAUGAUGCCGAGGACGAGAAGAAAGCGACUAUGGUUUGUCUGGACUCGAUCAAGAUGGACGAGGAGAAGUACCGCUUGGGUCACACCAAGGUAUUCUUCCGUGCUGGUGUUCUGGGUCAGCUUGAGGAAAUUCGUGACGACCGCUUGGCUAAGAUUAUCUCGUGGCUGCAGUCCUGGAUCCGAGGCUACACUAGUCGCAAGGCUUACAAGAGGCUGCAAGAGCAGCGUGUUGCCCUCAUUGUGGUGCAGCGCAACUUGAGGAAGUUCAUGCUUCUCCGCAACUGGGCUUGGUACCGUCUCUGGCAGAAGGUCAAGCCCCUCCUCAACGUCACCCGUAUCGAGGACGAGAUCCGCGCUCUCGAGGAGAAGGCAGCAAAGGCUGAAGAAAACUACGCACGAGAGGCUAAGCUUCGCAAGGAACUCGAGGCGGCCAAUCUUGCUCUCCUCGAAGAGAAGAACAAUCUCAUGGUUGCUCUCGAGUCCACCAAGGGCAACGUAUCCGAGUAUCUGGACAAACAAGCCAAACUUCAAAGCCAGAAGGCCGAUCUCGAGGCUCAACUCAACGAAACCACAGAACGUCUGCAGCAGGAGGAGGAGGCCCGCAAUCAGCUAUUCCAGAGCAAGAAGAAGAUAGAACAAGAACUCAGUGGGCUGAAGAAGGAUAUUGAGGACCUUGAACUAUCAGUCCAAAAGGCUGAACAGGAUAAGGCAACCAAGGACCACCAGAUUCGCAACCUCAAUGACGAAAUUGCCCACCAGGAUGAGCUUAUCAAUAAGAUUAACAAGGAAAAGAAACACCUUCAAGAAUGUAACCAGAAAACAGCCGAAGACUUGCAAGGCAUUGAAGACAAAUGUAACCACCUUAACAAAGUUAAGGCUAAGCUGGAACAGACUCUUGAUGAGCUCGAAGACUCUCUUGAGAGGGAGAAGAAGUUGCGAGGUGAAGUUGACAAGGCCAAGAGAAAGGUUGAGGGUGACUUGAAGCUAACACAAGAAGCCGUUGCAGAUCUAGAGCGCAACAAGAAGGAACUCGAGCAAACCAUUCAGCGAAAGGACAAAGAAGUUUCUUCCCUUGCAUCUAAGCUUGAAGAUGAGCAGGGUCUUGUUUCCAAGCUUCAGAAGCAGAUCAAGGAACUCCAGGCGCGCAUUGAGGAGCUCGAAGAAGAGCUAGAGCAUGAACGCCAGGCCCGUGCCAAGGCUGAGAAAUCCAAGACUCACCUUGGGCGUGAGCUCGAAGAGCUGGGAGAGCGCCUUGAUGAAGCUGGUGGUGCCACAGCUGCUCAGAUCGAAUUAAACAAAAAGCGCGAAGCUGAGUUGGCCAAACUCCGCCGUGAUCUGGAGGAGUCUAACAUCCAGCAUGAAAGUGCCCUCGUCAACCUUCGUAAAAAACAUAAUGAUGCCGUCGCGGAAAUGUCUGAACAAAUUGACCAUCUCAACAAGAUGAAAGCCAGGGUUGAGAAGGAUAAGGACUCCUUGAAGCGUGAUGCUGAUGAUGCUAAGUCUGCCAUGGACGCUCUUGCUCGCGAUAAGGCCGCUGCUGAGAAGAUGAAUAAGCAGCUUCAGCAUCAGACCAAUGAGAUCCAGUCAAAGCUUGAUGAAGCCAACCGCACCCUUAAUGACUUCGAUGCCACGAAGAAGAAGCUCGCCGUCGAGAAUGCUGACCUGCUACGCCAAGUGGAGGAAGCAGAAAGCCAGAUCAGUCAACUCUCCAAACUUAAACUCUCGCUCACCAAUCAGCUCGAUGAUAACAGGAAGCUCGCGGACGACGAGUGCAGAGAACGCGCUACUCUUCUUGGAAAGUUCCGCAACUUGGAGCACGACAUUGAUGGCUUGCGCGAACAGCUUGACGAGGAGGGAGAAGCCAAGGCUGACCUCCAGCGCCAACUGUCCAAGUCUAACGCUGAAGCCCAGAUGUGGCGUGCCAAGUACGAGUCUGAGGGUGUUGCCCGUGCAGAGGAGCUCGAAGCUGCCCGCCUCAAGCUAGCUGCCCGCCUGGAAGAAGCCGAACAACAGAUCGAACAGCUCAAUGUUAAGAACAUGAACCUGGAAAAGACAAAGCAGCGUAUCUGCACCGAACUUGAGGAUAUGCAGAUUGAGGUUGAGCGCGCCCAAACUCUAGCCAACGCAGCAGAAAAGAAACAAAAGAACUUCGAUAAGAUCAUCUCCGAGUGGAAGAUGAAGGUUGAUGACCUUGCUGCUGAGCUCGAUGCUUCCCAGAAGGAGUGCCGUAAUUAUUCCACUGAACUCUUCCGCGUAAAGGCUGCCUACGAGGAAAAUCUUGAACAGCUCGACUCAGUCCGUCGUGAGAACAAGAACCUUGCCGACGAAAUCAAGGACUUGAUGGAUCAGAUCGGUGAAGGUGGACGAUCACUCCACGAGAUUGAAAAGAACCGCAAACGCCUUGAAAUUGAAAAGGAAGAGCUGCAGGCCGCUCUCGAGGAGGCUGAGGCCGCUCUGGAGCAGGAAGAAAACAAGGUGCUCCGUGCUCAACUCGAACUCAGCCAGGUGAGGCAGGAAAUCGACAGGCGCAUCCAGGAGAAGGAAGAAGAGUUCGACAAUACCCGCAAGUGCCACCAGCGCGCCAUCGAUUCCAUGCAAGCUUCUCUUGAGGCUGAAGCUAAGGGCAAGGCCGAGGCUCUGCGCAUGAAAAAGAAAUUGGAGUCCGACAUCAACGAGCUCGAAAUUGCUCUUGACCACUCCAACAAGGCAAACGCAGACUUGCAGAAACACAUCAAGAAGCUCCAGGGUGACAUGAAGGAUCUUCAGACUCGUGUGGAGGAGGAGCAACGUCUUGCCUCCGAGUACCGUGAACAGUACGGAAUCUCAGAGCGCCGGGCAAAUGCUCUCCAUGGAGAGCUCGAAGAGUCUCGUACUCUUCUUGAGCAGUCUGAUCGCGGUCGUCGCCAGGCUGAGGCCGAACUCGCUGAAGCCACUGACCACCUUAAUGACCUCACAGCACAGAACGGAUCUCUUACAAUGGCCAAGAGGAAACUUGAGGGAGAGCUUCAGACAUUGCAUGCUGAUCUCGAUGAAAUGCUGAACGAGGCCAAGAACUCCGAGGAGAAGGCCAAGAAGGCUAUGGUUGAUGCUGCCCGUCUUGCUGACGAGCUCCGCGCAGAACAGGAACACGCACAGACUCAGGAGAAAAUGAGGAAGGCUCUGGAGGUCUCCGUAAAGGAACUCCAAGUCCGCCUUGAAGAAGUUGAAGGCAAUGCCAUGAAGGCUACCAAGAAGGCUCUUGCCAAACUGGAGAGCCGAGUCCGCGAACUGGAAUCACAGCUCGAUGACGAGGCUCGCCGCCAUGCUGAUGCCCAGAAGAACCUUAGGAAGUGUGAGAGGCGCAUCAAGGAACUCACCUUCCAGUCUGAUGAGGACAAGAAGAAUCACGAGAGAAUGCAGGACCUGGUCGACAAGCUCCAGCAGAAAAUCAAAACCUACAAACGCCAGAUCGAGGAGGCUGAAGAGAUCGCUGCCCUUAACUUGGCCAAAUUCCGUAAGGCCCAGCAGGAGCUGGAGGAAGCUGAGGAGCGCGCUGAUAAUGCGGAGCAGGUUGCCAGUAAGGCUAAGGCGAAGGGACGCGCCGGAUCCGUGGCCAGAAUGUCCCCUCAGCCUCUGUGCCGCAACAUGUUUAUGUAGAGGAUGACCCAACUACCCAACUUCCUACCAUUACCAACCUAGCAAUGACUCCCCGUGGCCCGGCGCUGUAUUCCUGGUGAAGAUAGCGCCAUUAUAGCAUCUCUGAAGAUAGCACCAUUAUAGCAUCGCUGUGAAGAUAGCGCCAUGACAACACCAUUUUUACCACAGUAUCCCUCGAUACUUCCAUCUUCAUUAUUGUUUUUCGUCUUUUGAUCGACUAAUUCUCUAUUUUUUCUUUCUUUCUGUUGUGUAUUGUAUGAGGCUAAUAAUCUUAGUGCGGAGUUAUUGUAGUAUCACAAGGAAAUGAGGGGGCGGUUGACCGGGAGUAAUUUGUCAUAUAUUAUUACCUUAAACUCGAACAUCCAUCCUGCCGAGUGGAAGCAAUAGUCAGACACAUACAGAUACGAACAGCCCGGGUAAUGAUUGUCAUAUGUUACUCCCUUCACCCGUUCGCUCAAGCUAGGAGGGUUUUCCAGCCUUCAACCUUAAACUCCUCAAGUCAUCUGUGUUGAAUAUUUAUUUUUAUACUUAGGCGAGUUUGAUGCGGCCGAGGAAUACGUCCAUAUACAUUUCGAGGGUUAUACUAGAGCCUAGUGAUAGGCCGCGGGGGUGACGAGCAUAACAUUAGACCCUCUUCCCACUAGACCUUUCCGUAAUGUUUACCUACCACUGCUGAUCAUUCACCAUUGCUGGUUAACAGGGAAAGAAAUUUUAAUGUGUGGGUUUCUUUAGCUUAGUUUACACUCAAAACACUACCUUAACUCCUUGUGUACUGCAAAUGUCGCAGAAUGUAUGUAUGGAUCUGUAUCAGAAUAUAUUGUAUGAAUAAAUACAUGGCUGGGAA